AUGGCACAACGUCGGAGAAUAUCACAAAAAGACAAGGAACGGUUGGUUAGAGCAUUCGAAGAGCAGGAUCUAAACUAUCUGGCUUUGGCUGAUACGUUAGCAAUAAAUCGCUCAACUGCCAGGAGUAUAAUCACUCGAUAUCUGCGCGAAGGACGAAUUGAAGAACAACCAUGUGGAGGAUGCCUCAAUGUUCGAUUUGAUGCAGAUAUGACAAGAUGUAUUCAAAGAAUUGUAGAUGAAGAUUGUACUUUGUCACUACGGGCCAUAAAUACAGAAUUACAACGUCGAAUCCCUCAGAAGCCACAAGUUCAUGAAAGAACUAUUGGUAAACAUUUGGAUGGAAUGCUGUACUUGUUAAAAUUAUCGCAAAUACUUCCGGCUGAUCAUUACAGGCCGGAUGUAAUUGAAGGACGCCACAAAUAUGCUAACUGGUUCUUAGAAGAGGAGAAUAUUCAUCAUCCUGUCUUCAUCGACGAAUGUGGUUUCAAUAUCUGGACAGCCAGAAGUCAAGGACGGGCUCGCGUUGGAGAGUGCGCUUAUCACCAAGUGUGCGGACGAAAGGGACGCAACAUUACCAUUUGCCUGGCGGUGUCUCAAGUCUUUGGUUUGGUGCAUCACACCAUUCAGAUGGGUGGGAUGACCAGAGAAUCCUUCACUGAGUUUCUCGCAGGUACUGCUACCACCUUGAUGAAAAUGAAACUCAAUAUCUCAUUUUCGAUGGAGCACCAGCACAUCGCCGACCUGACCAGUCAAGAAACAACGUACAUCUGCGUAUAUUGCCACCAUACUCACCAUUCCUAA